AUGGCCACCCCCCGGAAUUGCAAGGUGGACGCAGCUAGGGUGCAGGUGCUUAAGCAGGAUCAGAAACGGCUCUGCAAGCUAGUGCAAGAAGGCCAGCUGCGAGCCCUGCAGGAGGAGCUACAGAGAAUGGGAAGGCCAGCUGUGAGAUGUCCGGGUCCAGCCGGGGACACUCUCCUGCACUGCGCAACUCGCCAUGGGCAUCGGGACAUUCUGGCCUAUCUAGCUGAGGUCUGGGAGAUGGACAUCGAGGCCACCAAUCAAGACUACAAGCGACCUCUGCACGAAGCUGCCUCCAUGGGCCACAGGGACUGCGUGCGGUAUCUGCUACGCAGAGGAGCUGCUGUAGACUGCUUGAAGAAAGCGGAUUGGACUCCUUUAAUGAUGGCGUGUACAAGGAAGAAUCUUGAGGUAAUCCAAGACCUUGUGGAACAUGGUGCCAAUCCACUUCUGAAGAACAAAGAUGGUUGGAACAGCUUCCACAUUGCCAGCCGAGAAGGUGACCCUUUCAUCCUCCAGUACUUGCUCUCUGUCUCCCCAGCUGCCUGGAAGACAGAGAGCAAAAUUAGAAGAACUCCUCUGCACACUGCAGCAAUGCAUGGGUGUUUGGAGGCAGUAAAAGUGCUUCUCAAAAGGUGCAAGUAUGAACCAGACUGCAAAGACAAGUGUGGCAUCACACCCUUUAUGGAUGCAAUUCAGUGUGGUCACGUCAACAUAGCUAGACUGCUUCUUGAAAAACAUAAGGUUUGUGUUUCAGCUGAAGAUACACUAGGGGCCCAGGCUAUCCACAGAGCAGCAGUCACUGGGCAGAACGAAGCCAUCCAAUUCUUGGUCUCUGAUCUUGGCAUUGAUGUAGAUGUGAGAGCAACAUCAACCCACCUCACAGCGCUUCACUACGCAGCUAAGGAAGGACAUACAAGCACAGUUCAAACUCUCCUAUCUUUGGGGGCCGACAUCAACUCUAAAGAUGAAAGACAUCGAUCAGCCCUGCACCUGGCCUGUGCAGGUCAGAACUUGCCUUGCGUUGUGUUUCUCCUGCAAUCUGGACUGAAAGAUUCCCCAGACAUAACCGGCAUCCUGGCUCAGCAGUUCGCAAAGAGAGCAGACAUCCUUCGAUGCUUUGACCAAACAUGUGACAAAUGGCUGUUGGUGGUCCAUCUUCAGAAUCAAGGAAAUCUUGGGUGUAGCACGACAGAAAGGGAACUCUGA